GGGAUAACGGAGCCGAAAGAAAAUGGAAAUCUAGGCCCUAAGAAAAUAAAAUAAAUAUUUAUUCAUGCAAUCUGUAUCUAAUGAGGUUCAGGGUGGAGUGAGAUUAUUUAUGACGUCAAAAAUUCUAAGUAAAUACAAGACAAUAUAAGAUCGCACUCAACGUUGAUGUCAUUGGAAUGGAAUGUUAUCAUUUGUCGGCCGGCGGCGGGGAGAGGUCGCUGCGGGCUGCGGAGAGUGCUCGGGGUUAGAACAAGAAGGCGUGGCGCAGUUACUGGCGAAACGUUUUUCUUUAGCAUUUAGACCAUUGUCUCUCUAACAUUUAUAUUUGUUGUUGUGGCAAUCAUUUCAGUUUAGUUUCUUGAUCUUUGGCUUUUGUGGUUUCUGGCGAAUCGGGAGGACCAUCUUUGCCUCAACAUUGUCAUAAAUCAAAAUUGAAAUCGCUGGUCAGCGAUGGGUCGGACGCUGUCCGAGUGGUUUUGGAACCCGGAUGUGUGGCUGCCGCCCAACAUCACAUGGGCCGACAUCAAGUCCAACGAGACGGUCAAAUAUGCCGAGUUUGAGGACCUCUAUCACCCCAUACCCAUGGCGUUUCUCUUCCUGGUGAUUCGCUUCUUCGUAGAAAGGUUCAUCUGGGCGCCGGUGGGCCGGUCUAUGGGCUUGAAGGCGAUGCGCCCCAAGCGGGUCGCCUACAACGAACUCCUUGAAGACGCCUACCGGAAAAGCCGGAGAGUAUCGCAUAAACAGGUGCGGCAGCUGGCCAAGGAGCUGGACUGGACGGAGCGGCAGGUGGACCGGUGGCUGCGGCUGAGGAAGCUGCAGGACUCGCCCAACAAGCUCACCCGCUUCACAGAGACCGGGUGGCAGUUCACCUACUACCUGUUUAUCUUCUGCUAUGGCCUGCACACCCUCUGGGACAAGGCCUGGUUCUGGGAGAUCCGCCACUGCUUCUACAACAUGCCGUUCCACCCUAUGGAUAACGACGUGUGGUGGUACUACAUGUUGUCGCUCAGCUUCUACUGGUCUAUGACCCUGCGGCACUUCUUCGACGUCAAACAUAAGGACUUUUGGGAGAUGCUGCUGCACCACCUGGUGACCAUCAGCCUGCUGUCGUUCUCCUGGGCGUGCAACUUUACCAGGAUCGGCACGCUGACGCUCAUCGUACACGACAUCUCUGAUAUCUUCCUGCUGGGCGCCAAGAUGUUCAAGUACCUGCAGCUGCAGAUGCUGUGUGACGUCACGUUUGCCGUGUUCGUGCUCAUCUGGAUAGUCACCCGUCUGGGCAUUUACCCGGGCUGGAUCCUGUACAGCACGUACCUGUUCGAUGAGCCCCCCACGUGUGCACUGUUGCCGACCGGCCUCCCCAUCCUGAGUGCCCCCGAACGUACCACCAUCGACGCCACCUACAUCGUCGAGUUCUUCCCGGCCUACUACAUCUUCAACAGCAUGCUGAUAGGCCUGCUGGUGCUGCACUGUAUCUGGACCUACUACAUCCUGCUGAUGGCCUACCAGGCCCUCAGUGCCGGACAGAUCCAGGGCGACUCCCGAAGCGACUCCAGUGAGGAGGUCAGCAGCAGCAGCGAGGAGAACGCUCUGCCCAACUCUACCCCGGCCACCAACGGAGUCUCCAAGCCCGCGGCGGCCGGCGACGGUGGCGCCGCUACCGCCGUAGCGGCCGGCGGAGACAACUAGCGGCCGCCGGCUCAUCACUCCGACUGGAAAUCAAACCUGACUGCCGACGCCGGCGUUCUCUCUCGUGUUUAUCCGUGUGCGGGUGGGGGCGGGGUGUGUACUGUGGGCGUCUGUGAUGUGCUUAGUAACGUGAUACGGUGGUGUGGCGGGCAGGGCGCCGGACCCGGCCACUGCUCGAUCCAGGUACGACGGGUGUUAGUUUGCCACCGGGCCCAACAGUCAGUAUAGGUGUGUGCGUGUGUCGCGCCAGGAAAACGUGAGAAAACGUGAUUGAUACUCGCGGCGAAAUAGGGCCGCCGCCGCUGUUCCAACGACCCGCGCCGCGCGAAGAGAAAUGUUUUAUCCACUGACCGCAAUCCAUGUGUACAAAUUACUCAUAAUUUUGUUUAGUCCGCGAUCACUGGCCGGUUGAUUGGCGGAUUUCGCAGCGCAUGAAAGGAGCGGUCUUGUGAUGGAAUGGUCGCUGAAACCCAGGAAGCUCUCGGUGGCAUUCUAGAGCCGCGGAACCCGUGUCGUUUUCCAUAACGGGCGUGCCCGACUAGGACAAGAGGCUUAUUGCUGGGGCAGCUCGACCACUGUCUGUUCUCCCAUUGCCACUUCAGUCUCGUUCCAACCGCACUCACUGGGUGAGUCCAUCUUACAGCGCGAGGAGGUCAUGUCUGGCCGAGUCGUGGCUAAGGGAAGGUGCUGCGCGAUUUAUCAGACAUCGGGCUCCGCCCCAACAUUCCAGAACCACUGCGGGGCUGCCGGUGGACAGAGGCCGUGGUCGCGACAGGUACGAACUGUGGGAGCCGGCUGCUGUGGGGGUUAUAGCGGGUCCGGCGCGGGUCAGCCGGCGCACGGCCGGGCCCAGUCCUUAAUUAUGUGUGUCAUAAUGCCUUUAUGCUGAUCCUUGUUAAUAUAGGUUGUCUGAACUGUG